UUUGAUCAAUCCGCGUUGACCUGGUUGUCCGAGUUUUUCAAAACAAACCCCGAAAUGUAAAGAAAAAGCCGGGUGGUGGCCAAAUAACAAUAAACAGGAACAUGGCUUCUAAGCGCUUCGGGGCCAUGAAGGAUUUCGCGAGGGCCAAAAAGCCGAGACUCGAUGUGAGCGUGGCCCGGGCAUCGUCUCGGCCCAGUCCACCCCGCAACAUCAUCGACUUCUGGGACGACGACGACGAUGUCAUCCUGAUGGCCACCCAGCUGGCGGAAGCCGAGAUCGAGGCGGAGGCCAAGCGCAAGGCGGACGCCACAAACAUCACGGCUGUGGAUAUUACAUUCAGCGAGUUUGCCCCUGUGCGAGGCACCACCAGCACCCAGCAGAUGUUUCCACCUGCAGCGCCGCCGAAGCAGAAGACAUCGAGCAUUGACAUGGAUGCCAUAUUCGGGGACGACGAGGAUUUUGAUUUCCUGGCCAUGGCGCUCACGGAGGAUGUGCCACCCCCUGCAACCCCGCCUCCGGCACAGGAAAAGGCAAAGGCUGGCCCGACGACGACAAGCAUCACCAUUCAGCAGACAAAUACACAGAUUACGGCGACCCAGUCGCGUCAGCAAGAGCACCAGAUAAAGUUCCUACUGGAUCGCAUCGAGAACCUGAAGAAGGACAAUUCCAAGCUGCAAAAGGAUCUGGGCGACAGCAACGAGCGCACGGAGAUCAAGUCGGGAGAGGUCAGUCUGCUGCGGGAUGAACUGAGGCAUGUGCGCCAGCAGCUGCAGGCCAGCAAAAUGGAGAAACUGGCACUGGCCGACGAGACCAACAAAAACUGCAACCAGAAGGUGGCCGAGGCGGCUAAGCAGAUUGCAGCCAAGGAAAUCGAGCUGACAAUGAAGAAUGCAGAGAACACCAAGCUGAGGAUACAGCAGCAGACACGUCGUGCACACGAUAAAACCAUGAACGGAAGCAUGAGUAUGCUUCAGGCUGCGGCCAAUCCCUCGGAGCAGCGCGCUUUGUUGCGCCUCCACAAGCUGAAUAUCCACCAGACAGUGCCUCGACUGAUGGCCAACAAUGCCAGCGUCUACGAGUACAGCGAGGAGCGGGAGAAGGGCAAGAAGCAGGGCACACUCUUCGAAGUGGAGCUCAAGCAGCUGCUCCUCAACUACGCCCAGCUGCAGUCCCAGCCGGAAUCUGUGGACACUUUGGUUCAGCGCAUCGUCUGCUCUGUGCGGAAAGUGUUCUCGGAGUUUGCGUUGUAUACCCAGGGCCUGGAGUUUCCCCACAACUGCAUGUUGUAUCCCCACAAUCCUUAUGUACUUCACACACAUCACAGCGUCAGUCGCCACUCGCUCGCGCAGCCUGGGGCGCUGUACGCCAAUGAGCGGGCUCUGCUCCUCCGUCGCUACAUCGCUACCUUGGCCAUGAUUUGCAGGCAGCAGGGGAAGAUCGCUCGAGCAGUGCUCAGGCAGCGGCACAACGAUCUCUGGCUGCUGGAGCUGGCCAUCGAUGCGAUUGUCAAGCUGGGCUUCUCCUACGAGGUCAGCGAGCACUUUGGUCUGCUCGAGGCCACUGCCUCGCUGCUGCUCAGCCUGCUGCGUGCGCAGCAGCACGAGGAGCAGCGCGUGGAAGAGCUUUUAGUUGAGCUGCUCAAGCAGUUGGUCUUCACUCGGCCCAGUCCCUGGGUCUUUGGCGAACUCAGUGCCUGUCUGCUGGCCUGCCUGAAGCAACCGCAGCUGCUGGCGCGUCUGUGCGUAAACAGUCCCAAGAGCUGCUUCAUCUCGGACCGUGUGCGGAGCGUCUACCGCUUCGGACCCAGCUCCUGCCUGCUGCAGGUCUACGCUGGCCUGCUGGAGCUGUGCUUCUUCAGCGAGACGGCGCUGCAGGUGGCCCACUUCCAGCUGCUGCUAUCCAUUGGCGGCAAUCACGUGCGCUUCGCCUUUGAGUGCUUCAAGAAUCCGCCGGACUUUAUGCUGGAAAUGCUGCCGUUCUUUGCCGAUGAAGAGGAAUCCGAUGCCAAUGACCCAACACUGACCAACAAGCUGAGCAGCAGCUCCACGGCCGCGGUGCAUGGCUCGGCGUCAAAUGGUUCCUGCACGCUGACUGCCUCGGACUCGCACUCCAACUCCAACUCUAGCUCCUCGCGCAACAGCUGCGAGUGCUAUGUGAAGCUUUGCCUGAGCGUGGUCACGCUUGUCUUCCAAAUGAUGCACCAAUGGAUGCUGCAUCAGCGGAAAAUAGGCACCGAACAAGUGGGUGAAAUGUCUCGCAUUGCGGUGCAUCUGCUGACGCUCGUCUUUCAUGAGUAUUAUCUGACCUGCCUGUUCCGUGACUCCGAGGAAACAACGAAGCACUACCUCAGCCUCAUCUGCAACUGGUGGACCGAGCACUCGGGCCUGCUGGGAUUCCAGCCCAUUCACUUGCGCUUGCUAAGUCAGCUGGAGAAAUCCCAUUUCAUGCUCAAGCCGUUGCACCAGGAGGCGAAUCGCAGCAAUCCCAGCAACGACCUGGCCGAGUGGACGCGCAUUAUCAACCAUGCGGAUGCCCGCACCGAGAACGUAGCUCCGCAUGCUUCUGAUGCGUCCAAACUACUCGAAAUCGACUUCUUUGGUGGCCUCAAGCGAGUGGAUUACACAUUUGAUUAGUCUUUAUUUAUUUAGUUUGUAGGUUUUAGGUUUACACUAGAUAGUCCCAAUAAAUUGAUUAGAGCUGUGCUAGCUCCAGCAAUAA